CCGUCCUCUCUCCGUGUACCUGCCAAGCACUGGCUACGCGCUAACACUAUUGAACACUUUGCCUACCUUUCAGUUGCACUACACACAUGUGUAUUGGUCGGCGGCCAACACAGACCUCAAAGCGUUAUUUGCAUAGCAUUCAAAGGCACGUCACGUGAUCUGCCUUCAUCCUCCCACAAGGCAAGAGACUAUUUAGUCCCAAGUUGGGCAGGUCUUCUCCAUUAGGUGCACGAUGGUGAGCUGGAAGCCUCCCUCCGCCCGGCCCAAGGUAGGUUUCGCAUGGGUACUUGUAAUCACAGCUUGGGCCAGUGUAGCCCACAGUUUAGAAGCAGGCAUCACAGGUCUAGGAUCAGGAGAAAACGAGGACUUAUCGGCAGUGAGUGACAAGCGAGCAGCAUUUAGUGCUUGGGCCGGAAAAAGAGACUUUCUUGAAAACUUUCCUGAAAGUGAUUCUAAAGAAAAGAGGCCGGCGUUUAGCGCUUGGGCCGGGAAAAGAGACUAUAACGAAGGUGAUAAGCGUGCGGCCUUCAGCGCCUGGGCUGGCAAGAGAAGCUUAGGGGAUGAACUUGACAAAAGAGCUGCUUUUAGUGCCUGGGCCGGGAAGAGGGGCACAGGGGAUGAACUUUCACAAGAUAAGAGGGCACCCUUUAGCGUUUGGGCAGGGAAGAGAGAUUUCGAAGGGAGUUUUCCCGAAGGUAAAAGGGCAGCUUUUAAUGCUUGGGCAGGUAAGAGGAGUACGUCGGACGACCAAGAGUUAUCUGGUGAUAAAAGGGCGGCGUUCUCCUCAUGGGCAGGAAAGAGGGACAGUGGAGAUUCUGAGAUUGAAGCCACAGAAGAGUUCGACUCCGACAAGAGGGCUGCCUUCAGCUCUUGGGCUGGGAAGCGAUCAUUAACUGAAGCUCGGCUAAACCUAAAACUGUUGGACUGGUACCUGUCUCGAGCUCUAGCCAAGGUGAUGGAAAAGAGAAAGUUUAGUGUGUGGGCAGGCAAAAGGGACCCAUACAAGAACGUAUUUCGCCGGAGGUUCGGACCCUGGUCCGGCUAACCAACUACAGGAAAUGAAACUGGUUCCAGUGCUUGAUCCGCAUCCCAGAUCACGUGUCACAACGUUCUACCAAUGGCAGGCGUCAGAACAUUGACCAGUGAAACCAGUGCUAGUGAAACAAGGCUCAAUAAUUCUUCGCCUGCCCCGUGAAUCUGUUUACCCAAGUCCGUUCACCAUCCUCGAGGCCAACCGACCCCACGACCACACAGUCUGUUCUGAUCCACUGACAUGAUGUUGUAAAAUCACUGCGACUGCUCUUUUGUAUUAAAACAUCACGUGACCGGAUGUGGUCCAAAUUUUGUUGAACGCUUGUAAGUCUCUAUGGCCUAACAACUAAGUUGUCUCAUUGUGACACAUGAUAUUUAUAUGACUGAUUUAUAAUCACCCGAUGCCAAGGUAGACAUACAUGUAUGUAAACAAGACUUGAUAAAUCGAAGACCAUUGAUUAACCUACUGUCGGGCAUUCGUAUAACAGCUAUGGUGUUUGUACUGAAGUAGGAAGUUAGCUUUGCUCUAACAACUGUCCAUCCCCGGGUAUCUGUAUCACCGCGACCUCUGUCUGGUUUAAAGAUGAUUAUAUUAGAAUAUCUUGCAAAACAUGUCACUAUUUUCUAAAGCUAUAAAUAAAUUACUGUUUGCAUG